AUGGUCCGUGAUUCUGGUUUAGCGCCUGCUCAAUGCCUGUUCAUUUAUUCGUGCAGCGGAUUGUCAGCUGUCCUUGUGUACACAUCACGUACAUUGUUACUAAUAAAAAAGCCGUCAGGGUUUCCAAAUGCAGCAUAUAUUGUCCGUCGGCGCGUACGUGGAGGAGUUGACGCCGGAGAGCCGCGAGAGGCAUCAGCUGAGGCCAAAGUGCAAGCAGCGGCUGAGAUUUAUUACGAUAAACAGAAUACUAAAACUUGCCAGUCCAAAGUGCGUGAGAUGGUGCUGGUGCUGGCUGCAAUGAAGGCACAUCGGAAGCUCGGUAUCGAAUUCUGGAGCUGUCCGAUAACACUGCGCUGGUGA